UUUACAGUUGUGAUUGUUGGGAAUAUUGAAUCCUGCUAUUGCAUGCCCCUUAAUUUUGCAGUAUUUGGGUGGAAUUCCAAGACCUCUUGAACCCGUUUUCCAUUUCAGCCGUGAUGAUCUCAAAGGCUUGCCUUUCACUUUUCCUUCGACCAUAAUUAGAGAAGUUGUUCGCAGCCCCAUGGUGGAAGCACAGUGUUCGGUCCAGCUAUGCUUUCCUGUUGAACUAAAGAAUGAAAACAUGAUGGAAGACAUUCAAUUUGUUGGGUUUUUGAGCAAACUCCUGGAAACAAAAAUACUGCAGGUUCUCCGCUUCAAGCAUGGCCAGAUAUACUCUGCUGGCGUUUCUGUAUUCCUUGGUGGUAAUAAGCCUUCAAGAGUUGAUAAUGUUCGUGGGGAUAUUAGUGUUAAUUUCUCUUGUGAUCCAGAUAUAUCCACAACACUGGUUGAUCUGGCUUUGGAAGAAAUAUUACGUCUCCAGGAGGAAGGACCUACAGAUGAAGAUGUUUUAACUAUCCUUGAAAUUGAGCAAAGGGCCCAUGAAAAUGGAUUGCAGGAGAACUACUACUGGCUGGAUAGGAUUUUACGUAGCUACCAAUCAAGGAUCUAUUUUGGUGAUGUUGGCACAUCUUUUGAGGUUCAAGAAGAGGGCCGUUCCAAAGUUAGAAAGACUCUGACACCAUUAACAGCACAGUUGGCAUUACGAAGGAUCCUGCCUUUUCCUUGCAAAAAACAGUAUACUGUAGUGAUUCUGAUGCCUCAGAGAUCUUGUUUUAAGAAGUUAAAGCUAUUCAUCCACUCAGCACCAAACCGUUAUAGUAGAGAUGCAAAGAUUUUAGCAGGCAUGGCCGGCCUGACUGUUUUGGUUCUCAGUUUGUGGAGAUAUUCACGCAGUUCACUGAAAUCUUAAGGGUGUGUUUGUUUGGCACAAGAUUGUUAUUUGGAAGAUUGGAGAUUUUCAACAAGAACAGGGAUAUACAUUCUUUCUUCAUUACCAAAAUAUUGGAGGUACAUAUCAUUUCGAUGAGUUAAAUCCCCAAGUAAUGACAUCCCCGUUCUCAUAUGUGGACAGAGCGCGAAGACUUGAAAUUUGAGUGGCCAACCAAUUUGGGUGAGGCUAAAUCAUGUAUGAUGAGGCUUUUUAAUUCAUUGAUAACACGAACAAUGUCCAUGGAUUGUCUUAUCUUUCACGAGAUUUAGAGAGUGAGGUUCCCAUAGUAGUCAAAUACUACGGAUAUAGAACAUUUAGUAGUAUGGCAUGACUGACCUAGAUUUUGAUGUUGAACUCUCGUCAGAUGUAAUAUUUCAUCUUGUUAUAAUGAAAUUUAUUGCGUUUUAAGCGUAAAA